CUUAUUUGAGCUGAUUUUCUUUCUUAUUAGUUCACUCAAUUUGUGUAGUCAACCAUUUUGCUCUCCAUAGCUACUAUCUUACUUUGUGGUACAAUUUUUUUUGUCUUGCACAUCAAUAUGCGUAGAUUUUUCAGAUACACCAUUCACCAGGCUGCCAAAGGGCAGAAAAAGCUUACUGAAAUGUUGUACUAGGAAUAUUUGAUACUCAUUAUUCCAAAUGUUUCUAUUUUAUUUCUAUAAUAUGGCCGUAUGUAUUUUUUUUCAUGUUCUCUCUAUGUAUAGAUACUCAAAACUUUUUUCACCUUCUCCUAUUUGCAAACUCGGUGGCCGUACAAUCUUACUGGAGCUGAAUAUGUAGGCUAAUAAUGCUGCAAGCCCUCGAUGUAAUUCAGUAAAGCACGGCAAGGCGCAACUUUCCCUUCUAUUAUACAUCCAUUCUUGAUGGCCCCUCCUUUCCGAUCAUCCGUUCCAUUGUCCUCUACGAUUCCAUCCUAAUAAUGUGAUAUUAAUUGGGGUUGCCUCUAUCAUUUUCUCUUUUUUUUGCUAUUUUUUCGGGGAAGCUUCUAUCAUUUUCAGGAUGGAAUGUUUCAGCGAUGUUUGGUAUGCUGGAAAAAAAUGUUACAUGGUCUUUUUUGUCAUGAUGAUCAAACACUCCGGAAUAAUGAAUUUCAAUGAAAGUUGGAUCGGAUGGUGAAGGGGGGGUCGACCCUACCACUUAUAUGUUAAACUUUGCAUCGAUGAAACUGGACAAGAAUAUUAGGCAUCACAUGACCCGAAAAACUGUAACACAAAAUGUACAAACAUUUGCUAAAAAAAUAGUAUAGGAAGGGAGACGCGGGCGCCACCAAAUUGAGGCAAAGUUAGGACGGGAACCUUGUGCUCUCGGUACCCGUGCACCCUAUAUGUGCAAAAAAGUUAGUAAUUCAAAUAAAGUUAAACAAAAUCCAAAUCUUGUAUGGAAUCAAAGAUGAUCAGGUAUUGUACUCGUAUACAAAGUUUGGACAAGAAAUGAUUCGUAUUGACUUCAGGGCAAAAAAGACAAGUCUAUGACGACAAUAUAGCGUGUAUAGUACUUGUAUAUAGCGUUUUUUGCCAAAUCUUCGACCCAGGAUGCAACGGAUGUCAUUCUCUGACAUAUCUUUUUAUACGACUACAAUACUUGAUUAUGUUUGGUACCGAAAAAGAUUUGAAAUUUUUAAAACUAUUUUUGAAUUACUUUUUUCUUUUGCAGAUUGGGUGCGCAGUGCGCUGGUACCCAGGUUCUUCUCCGUAUUUUCCGACAAAGUUAGUAUACUAUAAAAGGAAAGCCAGGAGAGAUGCAGGGAGGCCGUAUUAGCUGGGUAACUCAAACUAGUCAUGUUAGCCAUCACGUGAAACCGACGUACGUUCGACGGUCAAACAAAAGGAAAGAACGAAGCAUAUAACCGAACCGAACCCAAAUCCAAAUCAGAUCGGAUGCCCUACGUCUUCGUUAUAUACUGGCCAAGCAAAGCAAAAUAGCCACGAACGAUGAGUACUUACGUCUCCUGCGACUGCGAGCGGCUUUGAUGGAUUCUGCCACGAUGGACUGGCCGGCCGGCCAAGAAGUCGCCGCAGUCCGGCUCUGGCCUGGCGCAGCUUGCCGCCGGCCUCACCAAGCGCCUCGCGGAAGAAAACCCCAGGACCAACCUCGUCUUCUCGCCGCUGUCCAUCUACACAGCUCUGUCGCUCCUGGCCGCCGGCGCCAGGGACACCACGCUGGACGAGAUGCUCCGCAUCCUUGGCGCGCGGUCGUGUGGCGAGCUCGAGAGCUUCGUGUCCCGCAUGGCGGCGGACGCGCUCCAGGACAGGUCCGCCUCAGGCGGUCCAAGUGUGGCGUUCGCAUGCGGCGUGUGGAGCGACAUUUCGCGGCCGCUGAAGCCGGCCUUCCGCGAGGCCGUCGUGGGCACGUACAAGGCCGAGGCGAGCACCGUUAACUUCCGCGGCGCACCGGAGGAAGCGCGUGGCCAGAUCAACGCGUGGGCGGCUCAGGUGACCAGGAACCUCAUCCGCAACGUUCUCCACAAAGGAUCGAUAAAUCCGGCAACAACUCGGGUCGUCCUCUGCAACGCCGUGUACUUUAAGGGCAAGUGGGAGGACCAGCCGUUCGACAGGAGGCACACCAUGCACGAACCCUUCUACCGGCUCGACCGCAGCCAGGUCGACGUGCCCUUCAUGCAGAGUACGAUGUCGCAGUUCGUCGCUGUGCACGACGGGUUCAAGGUACUCAAACUCCGCCACCUGCCGGAGCAGCAAAUCGCCCUCCGCGAGUUCCGGAUGCCAAAGUUCAAGCUGUCCUUCCAUAGCAGCAUCGUCGCCGUGCUCAAGAAGCUAGGGCUUGAGCUGCCGUUCUGUGAGCGUGGCAACCUAUCUGACAUGGUGGAGGACGAUGGCUCUGGCAUGCCGAUAGUGGUGGGGGAUGUCAUCCACAAGGCUGUUGUCGAGGUAAACGAGGAAGGGACUGAAGCCGCCGCUGUCACUGUGUUGGUCGGGGCUCUUGGAUGCGCAAGGCCUCCGUCACCUCCAACACCUCCGCAGGUGGAUUUCAUUGCCGACCAUCCAUUUGCCUACUACAUAGUGGAGGAGGCGACCGGAGCUGUUGUCUUCGCGGGGCACGUCCUCGACCCAUCCAAGGAGUAAUAAAUAGCUAGCUGUUGAGGUCGACAAACACAUUGUGUUUCCUAUUUUGAGUCCAGAACUGCUCCUACUUGUACUAUGAUGAAUUUAUAUGUGCUUCAGUUUGAUUAUAUUUUAAAGAUGUCUUGUAUACAUGUUAUUCAAAUAAAAAUGUGGGUCACAUAAACUGUGAACUCCCCCAUACAAUUUACUUUGCAGAUAAAAAUAUUCCUUUUCCAAUGUUUCCUAUUCUUAAGCCAACUUUGUUUCUACCUUGCA